AUGGAAAAUUCUUUCGGUGCGACCAUUAGAUCUUUCUGGCAUACUAUGACCAGUUAUGAUAGACAUUCAUCAUUCGAUUCCCCUUACAGAACUGGUCGCCAUGUCCCGCUCCAGAACGGCGGUCGAGGUGGCAUCAUGACAGGCGUAGCAACCGCCUCCGAUUCUCGAAACGAUGUCUCAUCUCCUUACUCCGACGAAACCGGUCGAGCCUCUCCCCUUCAACCAGACGGCACCACUUUUGCCCCCACGGGCGCCCCUUAUUCCCCUGGCUUGAGGUCAAUGAGCGCACGCAAUGCUAGCCAAGGCGAUGGCUUCGAAGUCCAGAGCCCUGGCGACGUCCCUAUGCAAAACUUUUCCGACGGCCUUCCACCCGCUCCCCCAGUUGCACAUUCUUGGAGGCGCAUAGAUGCGUGGGCCGAUGAGAACUACCCAGAGCUUUACGAUCAGCUAUGCGAGGGUGCCACCAACAACGAUCUGAACGACCUCGAGCAUCAGCUUGAUUGCUCUCUUCCCCAGGACGUCCGAGACUCCCUUAUGAUCCACGAUGGCCAGGAGCGCGGAGGAAACCCAACUGGAAUUAUUUUUAGCCACAUGCUGUUGGAUUGCGAGGAGAUUGUGCAAGAGUGGGAGAACUGGAGGACCGUCAACCAUCAGUACCUGCUCGAGACUUCCAUUGCCAAGCCCUCCACCCCUUCCAAGGCUUUCGGCGGCAGCAACGAGGCCUCCUCUUCCAAGCAAGGCGGUGCGGCUGGUAACAACCCUGGUCAAUGGAGACAGGAUCUUCUUUCUCGCCAGGACUGUGUACCUCCGAAUGCUGUGCAAAAGGCAUACGCUCACACCUCUUGGAUCCCUCUGGUUCGCGAUUGGGGUGGCAACAACUUGGCUGUCGAUGUUUCGCCCGGUCCUGGCGGUCAGUGGGGUCAGAUCAUCCUCUUCGGUCGUGAUUACGAUACCAAGUACGUUGUAGCUCGCUCUUGGUCCGCCUUUCUGGCUGUUGUUGCGGACGACCUCAACAGCGGCAAGUGGUACGUGGACGAAGAGACUAAUGAGCUCAAGCUGCGAGAGUUUAAGGAGACACGGAUUGAGCCCUCGUAUUUCAGCAUCUUGAGAUGGAGAAUGGAUCAGAAAUACGGACGACGGGCUGCUUCCAAGCGAAGGUCGAUGGGUCCCAAGCCCAGCUCCCCUCUCGGUUCCCGCUCUUCUUCGCCUUACAGCAGCGGUGGUGAUAACGGUGAGGGCCGAGGCCGAUCCAUGCAACGUCUUAGCGGCUCCUCUCCUUUGGCCAGCCCUCGACCUGGGCCUGGUUACGGAAAGGCUACUCCCUUGAGCAGAGUAACGGAGGAGACACCAAUCCCUGAGCUUGCCGACGCAUUUAUCCAACCCGAGAAGCUCGUAGAGGUUGAAACCCCUCGGCAGAGCCAGGACAGCAAGACACCCAAGGUCACAACCAGCAUCCCUCGUGUGUCAUCCGACCUUCUCAAGGUGGAGGAAGAUCCCUCCCCCAAAGCAAAUGGCAAGAAGCCCGAGGUAGUGGACGAAUCGAUGAAGACGAUCGAGAUUUAA